GCUUAGCUUGUCUCUAGUAAUCAUAAUCAUUUAUUUUCCUUCCUUUUUCUCUUCUUCCCCUCAUCAUAAAGAGUCUUUUUCUUUUUUGAAUUCCUACUCUUCAGUUUUAGUUUCUUGUUUAAUUGUCUCCUUCAAUUAAGCUCCAUUUAAAAUAUAUAAUUUUUUUUUUAAGAAACAGCAUCUAAAAUCCGAGGCUUCUCUUGUCCUUUCCUCAUCGCCUACCGCUGACAACUACGCAUUUUCCCACCCAAUUGUGAACCAGAAGUGCAAACCUCCGCAAUAUUCCCUUCAAUUUGGAGACUUUCGAAAUGCAAUCCAUUUCUGUGGGUGCCAUUUGGCUUAUUUUCAAAUUUCAACUGAGUCGUCUUAAGUUUCUAACUGUUUAAAGGACUUGGUUUAUACUUUUUAUUGGUGCAUCUUUUGGUUUUCCGGGAACAACAGUGUGGACAAGGCGCUUCACAGGAAGGUUUUUUAUUUUUUAUUCAUUCACCUGCAGGGAUGGCAUCUGAUCUAAAGAGCACCCUUUCCAGAAAAUAUGUGGGAAUUCAAUUGUGGGUAUUAAUAACCAUCUGUUUGGGAGUAGUUUGUGUCGUAAUAUUGGCGGUCUGCCUUUGGCUUAGUUUUAGAAAGAAAUCCUUGAGAGUUAAUAGCUUGCUUCCCAUAACUAAAAUUCCAAUCAUUCCAGAAGAAAUCAAAGAAAUUCGAGUUGAUAAAGUUUCAGCCAGAAAUAUUGGCUCCAAUAUCUUCACUGAUAAAUUAAGUGAUAAAGAAUCGAAGAAGGUUUUGAUCCAUUUUAAAAACUGUGAUGAUGGAGGCGAAUCAGGUCCUUUUAAUAAUUUAGCAAAAGAUGAUGUUGGACCUAAAUUGGCAGAAGAGAGGACCCCUGGGGCAUCUUUGACCAUAAGGCCUUCAUCACAUCCUUUAUCAGCACCUUCUCCUCUGUCCGGCCUGCCUGAAUUCUCUCAUUUGGGCUGGGGUCACUGGUUUACACUAAGAGAUCUACAAGUAGCAACAAACUCUUUUUCUAAAGAUAAUGUCAUUGGUGACGGUGGAUAUGGAGUUGUUUAUCGAGGCGAGUUGAUUAAUGGAACUCCUGUUGCAGUUAAGAAGCUCCUCAAUAAUCUAGGACAAGCAGACAAAGAUUUUAGAGUGGAAGUUGAGGCUAUUGGGCACGUGCGGCAUAAAAAUCUUGUUCGGCUUCUGGGUUACUGCAUGGAAGGAACACAGAGGAUGUUAGUGUAUGAAUACGUCAACAAUGGCAAUCUAGAGCAAUGGCUCCAUGGGAAUAUGCGACAGUCUGGAUAUCUCACUUGGGAGGCUCGCAUGAAAAUUGUGCUUGGCACUGCUAAGGCGCUCGCUUAUUUGCAUGAGGCAAUUGAGCCAAAAGUGGUGCAUCGGGACAUAAAAUCCAGUAAUAUAUUGAUUGACGAUGACUUUGAUGCAAGGAUAUCUGAUUUUGGUCUGGCCAAGUUGUUGGGUGCCGGAAAAAGUCACAUUACAACCCGAGUUAUGGGCACCUUUGGUUAUGUUGCUCCAGAAUAUGUCAAUUCUGGACUUCUGAAUGAGAAAAGUGACAUUUAUAGCUUUGGGGUUGUGCUCUUGGAAGCAAUUACAGGAAGAGAUCCAGUGGAUUAUGCUCGGCCAGAGAAUGAGGUGAAUCUGGUCGAAUGGCUAAAAAAGAUGGUUGCAAGAAGGCACUCAGAAGAGGUUGUAGACCCUAUCCUUGAAAACAGACCAUCAAAAAGUGCCCUUAAGCGUGCUCUUUUGACUGCCCUGAGAUGUCUUGAUCCAGAUGCUGAGAAAAGACCGAAAAUGAGCCACGUCGUUCGCAUGCUUGAGUCUGAGGAAUAUCCUUUACCUCGAGAGGACCGCAGACGACGGAGGAAUCAAGUAGGAAUCACAGAGACUGAUUCUCCAAGGGAUUCUGAUGCUGAGAAGAGUGACAAUCCUGAAUCAAGGUUGAACAGCAGAAGAAACAGCAAUGCAUAGGCAUCUACCUUAAAUCAUACAAAAAGACGAGCAGAAUUGUGAUCCUUAUGCUUCCACCACAUUUGAAAUUACGGGCAGUAGGGAAAUUAAGCUUGCAUUGAAUUGGAGGGAUCGGAAUAUUCCUUGUUCAGUAUAUGCUUUUAUACAUAGAAUGCUGGAGAGAAGAUAGUUUUGUGUUUGAAAAUGAGACUGGUAUAGGACACCCUCCCUUUCCAGUGGUGUGUACAGGAUUUGCUUUACAGUAGUAACUUUGAGCAUCAAGAGUUCAAUUGUCCAACGCUCGAAAGGAAAUCACCUCUUGAUACCUAUGAAAUUAGAAUGUGAUUUCUUUGGCUACAGUAA